AUGGGAGGGGUCACCAUUGCCGCUAAUGGAAUUGUCCACCCCUGUCUUUGCAUUGCCGCAUUACCAAAUUAUUUUCCUAACUUUUAUUGGCCUAAGCAGAAAAGGCACCCCGCCCAUCUUACACCGCACAUGUACCUGCGGGCGCUUAGAUAA